AUGCCGCAAAAGGUCCUACUUCUUGGUGCAACUGGACACACCGGUAGCUCAAUUCUGGAUGGUCUUAUUGAAUAUGGAAAUUUUUCGAUAGAACUAUUUGUUAGACCCUCCUCUGCAGACAAGCCCGCAGUCAAAGAGCUGGCUGAUAGAGGUCUCCCGAUCCGCCUUGGAGAUCUUGACGGGCCAUUUGAGAACCUAGUCUCUUUGCUUUCUGGGUUUGAUCUGGUAAUCAGCGCCAUUGAUGCCAGCUCACAGCUGGCGCAAAUAAAUCUUGCCACAGCCGCCAAGGAAGCAGGUGUCAAAAGGUUCAUUCCUUGUGGCUUCACAACUGUGUGCCCGCCCGGAGAUGUGAUGAAAAUCCGCGACGAUAAGGAAGAAGUCUAUCAGCACUUGAAGCAGCUUUCUCUGCCUUUUACAGUCAUUGACGUUGGCUACUGGUAUCAAAUCUCGUACCCAACCUUACCGUCCGGCCGGGUUGACUAUGCAAGCCCCAUCAAACCCAACGUCACCAUCCACAACGAUGGCGAAGCACCAAACUUGCUUACAGACCUUCGUGAUAUUGGACGAUUUGUGGCUCGUAUCGUCACGGACGACCGAACUUUAAACCAAUAUGUGUACACAUACGGCGACGUUCUAUCUGAAAACCAAAUUUUCAGUAUGAUGGAGGAGCGUUCCGGCGAAAAGAUCGAAAGAAAGACCGAUAUUCAAAUUGCUGUGCAAAUGGCCAAAAAGGCACACGCAGAAGAUCCCAAAGCUAUGAAUCACCUCUUCAUGCUUUACAUUUCACAAUACCAGUACAGCAAGUACGUGAGAUGUGAUAACACUCAGGAGAGUGCGCAUUCUCUUGGGUACCUCAAUGCCCGAGAACUUUACCCGGAUUUCAAGCCGAUCACCUUUGGAGAUUUUUUGACCGAGGUGCUUGAUGGAAAGGGAGUAAACCCUUACGCUUACUAG